AUGGCAGGCAGCUUCACCUGCAGCUUCACUGCCCUUUGCUGCUUAGCACUUUGGAGCUUCACCAGGACUUCAGGUGCUACAUCUGUCCCACCACCUCAUUCAACCAUGAAGCCUGGCUCCCCUGUCCCCAUGGGUACCGACAACCCCGGCGUUCGCAGGGCAGCUCGCUUGGGGGUUUACAGAUACAACAACAGCUCCAAUGACCUCUUUCUCUUCAAGGAAUCCCAAAUUAAAACAGCCAUGGUACAGGUUGUCAGAGGGCUGAAGUACAUGCUCCAUGUGGACAUUGGACGCACUGUGUGUGAGAAGAGGGAGCACUCCAACCUGGACAGCUGUCACUUCCAGAAGAAAAAAAACCUGCAACAGAUGCUGAGAUGCUAUUUUGAGGUCUGGAUAACACCUUGGUUACAUACAGCUCAUGUUCCUGUUGCUCUCUGUUACUGA